AUGGGUGUGGAAGAUAGUUGGGAUACAGUAGUGUCACCACCAAUAACAACAGUGGUGCCUUCGAAUUUAGAAAGAGAUGAUCACUGGAGACAUUUUGAUAAUUCAGUGAAUGCUGUGUCUUUUGGGUUUGUAGCUACUGCUAUAUUAAUAUCUAUGUUCCUUGUCAUGGCUAUCUUUGAAAGGUUUUUAAGGCCAAGAUCAUUGUCUUCCUCUGGUGGUGCCAAUGGCAGCUCUUCUUCCAAUGAUAUUGAAGCACAAGCUGUUUUCCAUGGCAAGCUUGAUUUCCCAUCUCCAAAAAUGACGGUUUAUGCGAAAGGGGUAUCGGUCCUGAUGCCCGGUGACGAUGUUCCUACCUUCCUUGCACACCCAGCUCCUGUACCCUGCCCUCCGGAGCACAUCGAUGAGGCAGUGCAAGCUUUAAUUAAGAAUGCGACUGGUGCCAAUAGAAUUCAGUUAAUGCCCCAACUGGAUCUUCCUUUUGCUGGGCAUUACUUGACUAUGAAAGAAAAGCAACAAAUCACUUGCAAGUUACAAAGAAGCAGUCGCCCCUCACCCCCACGCGAUUUUUCAGGGCUUGUUCAAGGCGUGCAAGCAAAUAAAGGUAAUUUCAUGCACUUAAGCACCACCUUCGCUUCCGAGCUCAAUAAACGGAAACACACUCAUUCACGCGCCAGUGGAAGCGCGUGA